AUGCGCUCAUUGUCCACAGAAAAUACUCAAGUCGCCUCAGCUGCUCCUCAGCUGAAGCAGGAAUUUGAUACGGGCGCCUUCGUGGUGGUUACGAACAUCCCAGGCCCAGUGCACCCCCGUUAUCUGCAUCUCGACCAGCACCAGUCUUACAUUGAUGAAGAAGGGAGGCAUGUUGUCCGCUUCGGAGCUAUUGCAGCUGGCUCGGACGCUAAUGCUCGGUACCACGAAGUUGUGAAAUCUCUCAACAACGUCGAGUGGGUCCGCGAAGGGGGAGUCUGCAUCACGCUGACUGAGAUCGACGAGGCUACCGUUGAUGUUUCGUUCAACCGAUGGGCCAAGUGCGAGAGUGAGCUGCAUGCGGGCAAGCUCUCCAUCCAUUGGGCCCAGUUUGCGUGCCAAUGGGCACAAGCUAUAACCUCAUCCAAACUAUUCACAUCUUAG